CGACAGGACGUACGGACCGGCACCGCUGUCUCCUCUCGGCUGACAUAAAACAUUGGGUGGGAAAAAAGCAAAGCGAACCUAUGUGUUUAUGUCCCAGCCGACUGUCUAUAAUGUGAUACAAUGCUCCAUUCGUCUGAGAAUCAAACAGCAGCUGUUUUCGGUGAGGACAAAGACGGGCUUGUGUUGCAUUCAAAGACCGCAGAAACCCCCUGUUGACUGGAUCCCACUGGCACUACAUCUCAUUCCUGGGCUCCUGUACUACCAGCUUUUAACUCCACAACCAAAUGAAGCUAAGUGCGUCCUCAGAAGCAGCGCUCACAGAGGACGUGACCUGUAACUGGGACUCCUGUGCACCAUCCUGGGCUCCUGUAGCCCACUCAUGCCUGUGAUCCCCAUCCCACGGCGGGUGCGCAGCUUCCAUGGCCCCCACUCCACCUGCAUGCACUCGGCCUGUGGGUCCACACAUGCUACGCAGCUGGUGCGCACCAAGUACAAUAACUUUGACCUCUACUUGCGCUCACGCUGCAUGUACAGCUUCCUCCGUUUCCUCCUGUACUUUGGCUGCAGUCUGCUGACCUCUCUGCUCUGGGUGGCGCUCUCCACUCUGUUUUUCCUGCAGUACGUCAGUGUGCGCGUACUCUUGCGCCUGCAGUACAAGCUGUCUGUCAUACUGCUUUUGUUAGGGCACCGGCGCUUGGACUUUGGGGUGUUUAAUGACCUGAUCAUCUACAGCAUGCAGAUUACCAUGUUUCUAGUGGGGGGGCUUGGCUGGUGCUUCAUGGUUUUUGUUGACAUGUAGCAGUGGUGUGAGUGACAUGGGAAAUGUAGUGUAUGAGGUGGAAGCUCUGAACUGUAAAUUCUUAAUUGUACUUGUCAGAAUGUUUGGAGAUUAUUUCCUGCUGCAACACUGGGGUGGAAGGAGAUGGUUUUCAUUUUCAAACCAUGUUUUAAAAUGAAAGCAUCUCAGUGUGGAUGUAGCCUGUGUGUGUGGUCUAAUGGGACGACACACACCUCUGUACACACCCACCUCUAGUGAACUAGACCCUUUUGGUUGCAGCUCAUAAAACUAAAGUGUUUUUAUUUCAGACGCUUAAGAAUAUGUGUAUCUGUGUAACAUCUGUGUAAGCCAUCGUUUGUAGCUUAAAUGACUAAACAUUGGAGAAGUGUGGACAUCACUAUAUGAGUACAGGAGAGCCAAAACCACUCACAUUUAUACCAUAUUUCCAAACUAUUUGUAAAGAGUUUAAAUUUGGAAUUCUUUCUUGACCAGAAGCUCAUUUGUUUACAGUAACAGGAAAAAAAGUCGCAUCACUUCACACUGUGAAUGUCAAAUCAGAAAAAAGUGACUUGACAUAUGACUGAUAUGCAUCGUGACUGUGUGAUGCAAGUCAGUAAUAUGUGCCAAAAUAGCAUGAGUUGGACUCCUGAAGGGACUGUAUGACAUGUUUCCAAGUUUGAGAUGAGCCUUAUUUUGAUGCUGUUGUGUGUAAAGACAGUAUUUUGCAAACAUGCAUAUGGCACACAGAUAAUCUGAAGGAACUUUAAGGGUGAAAGUGACCAAAAAUGAAGCGCCGUCUUUGCAACAGCAGUGUAACGUUUUGUGGAAAAAUGUGGAGUGGGGGGGGGGGGGGGGGGGGGUGCAAGACUUUAUCUAUACAAACCUGGACUUUUUUUGUAAAAUGAUUUAAUAAAAGUGGCUGUUCAUGAAAUGUU